AUGCCCGGCGACAACAUCGAUGACGAUGAGUACGUUGCGCGGCUGCUCAAACAAGAUGCAGUGGACGCAUCGAAAAAGUACAGUUUCGUGGGCCUGGAUGCCUUCCACGCAAAGAGAUUGAGACCAGACGCUCCGAAACCGAACACCAAUUUUUUGCGGCACAUCAUACGCCAGACUGAUAGCCAUAAUGCGGCGUUGCUGGCUAGAGAAGCGAAAGACUCGCGCGCGCGCCUGCGCCAGCUGGACACGGCAGAUCAGGGUACGGAAGAUCGAAAGACACAGCGACGAGGCAGACUACGUUCUCCGGACCGCGGCGACCAGGCCGCUCACGAAGCCACAAGAGGUCAAGACGUGAGCGGCAUGGAUCGAGAGACGAGGACAGAGGACAUAGGAGACGACAUCAUGUUGACAGGACAGAACGACCGCACCAUCGAAGAGCUCACUCUCCUAGGCGGAGCUAUAACACGACCCUCCCCGACUACCGAGGACGGAUCUGAUCCGCUCGAGGCGAUCUUAGGACCGCUGCCACCACCGAAACAGCCAGCUGUUCGCUCACGCGGUCGAGGUGCACACAAGAGCGAUGCGGAGGGCAUCAACGCGCGCUUUUCCUCCGCGUACGACCCGGCGCUGGAUAAUGAGCCGCUCUCGAACAAUGGUGAUCAAUGGGGCGACGCUGUUGAAGCAUACCGCGAUCGCCAGCGAUGGAAGCAGCAAGGCGCAGAGAGGCUGAAGGCAGCCGGCUUUAGUGAUGAGCAGGUGAGGAAAUGGGAACGAGGCGACGAGAAGAACGAGGAAGACGUCCGAUGGACUGCGCGGGGCCAGUCGAGAGAAUGGGACAGAGGAAAAGUAGUGGAUGCCGAUGGCGAUGUUGGGCACAGGGCAACAUGGGCGGCGGACUGA